CAUCGGCAACUCCACGCCGUGGCUGAUCCUGGCCGGCUCGGGGGGGGUGGCCGACAUGCUGGUCACGCUGAUGAACAGGGGCUGCUGGGACGAGGAUGCCGUCCACGAGCUGCUGCUGGACACCUUUCCCAGUGCCCACCACGGCACGGACAUCAGGAACUGGGCCAAGCUGAUCCAGAGGAUCCUUGACCACGGGCAUCUGCUGACCGUCCACGACCCCGAACAGGAGAGCUCCGAGCUGGACACGGUCAUCCUCAAAGCUCUGGUCAAGGCUUGUAAGAGCCAAAGCCAGGAGGCACAAGACUUCCUGGACGAGCUGAAGCUGGCCGUGGCCUGGAACCGGGUGGACAUCGCCAAGAGUGACAUCUUCAACGGGGAUGUGGAGUGGAAGGCGUGCGACCUGGAGGAGGUGAUGAUGGACGCGCUGAUCAAUGACAAACCCGACUUUGUGCGCCUCUUCGUGGACAACGGCGUGAACCUGGGCGAGUUUCUCACCUACGGCCGCCUGCAGGAGCUCUACUGGUCCGUGUCGGAGAAGAGCCUCUUUCACAACCUGCCUCAAAAGUACGAGGAGAAGCAGCUCCUGCUGGGAGCCGGGAGGACGCCGGGGCCGCCGGGCCACCAUCCGCCCGAACAGGGCGACAGGAAACCCCGCUUCACCCUCUUCGAGGUCGCCAAGGUGCUGAAAGACUUCCUCCACGACUCCUGCAAAGGCUUUUACCAGAGGAUUCCCACGGAGAAGCCAGCGAAGGGGCGACUGUUCCACACCCAGAAGAACAUGGCGGAGUCCGAGGAGCGCUGCGAGCACCCUUGGAGGGACCUCUUCCUCUGGGCCGUCCUCCAGAGUCAGCAGAUGGCCAACUACUUCUGGGCUAUGGGCCCCGAGGCGGUCGCGGCGGCGCUGGCGGGUUGUAAGAUUCUGAAGGAGAUGGCGCGACUGGAGUCCGAGGCCGAGUCUGCGCGCAGCAUGAAGGAGGCGAAGUACGAGCAGUUCGCCCUCGACGUCUUUGGAGAGUGCUACUCCAACAGCGAGGACAGGGCCUACGCCCUGCUGGUGAGACGAACCCACUGCUGGAGCAAAUCCACCGUCCUCAACUUGGCCACGGAGGCGGACGCCAAAGCCUUCUUUGCCCACGAUGGAGUUCAGGCCCUCCUCACGAAGAUCUGGUGGGGGUCCAUGACCACGGACACGGGCAUCUCCAAGCUGGUGGCGUCUUUCUUCUUUCCACCUCUCAUCUGGACCAACCUCAUAAAGUUCAGCGAUGAGGAACUCGACAGCAAGAUCAGCCAGGGGCAGUUUGCGGAACUGGACAGCCUGGACACGGAGAAGGCUUUGCUGCUGAGCGACGCCGACGACCCUUUGGAGCCGUCGGCUGGGGGCCAGGGGGCCCAGAGCUGCGCCUCCGUCUGGUGGCGCUUCCUGCACCGCCGCUGGCGCCGCUUCUGGAGCGCCGCCGUCACCGUGUUCCUGGGCAACGUCAUCAUGUACUUUGCCUUCCUCUUCCUCUUCACCUACGUGCUCCUGCUGGACUUCCGGCCGCCGCCGCCCCUCGGCCCCGGGCCCACGGAGAUAAUGCUCUACUUCUGGGUCUUCACCUUGGUGCUGGAGGAACUCCGACAGAGCUUCUUCACAGACGAAGAGAUGAGCAUCUUGAAGAAGUUCAAACUCUACGUGGAGGACAACUGGAACAAGUGCGACAUGGUGGCCAUCUUGCUCUUUGUUGUCGGGGUUUCGUGCAGGAUGUCGGAGGACACGUACGAGGCGGGGCGCACGGUCCUGGCGAUAGACUUCAUGGUGUUCACUCUGCGUCUCAUCCACAUCUUUGCCAUUCAUAAGCAGCUGGGCCCCAAGAUCAUCAUUGUGGAACGAAUGAUGAAGGACGUUUUUUUCUUCCUUUUCUUCCUGAGCGUCUGGAUGAUCGCGUACGGCGUCGCCACCCAGGCCCUUCUCCACCCCAACGACCCCCGGAUCGACUGGGUCUUCCGCAGGGCCUUGUACCGCCCUUACCUGCACAUCUUUGGCCAGAUACCCCUGGAGGAAAUAGAUGCCGCCCGCAUGCCCGAAAUCAACUGCACCGACGACUCGGAGGAGAUCAUCCUGGGCCUGCGCCCCCCGUGUCCCAACGUCUACGCCAACUGGCUGGUCAUCCUGCUGCUGGUCAUCUUCCUCCUGGUCACCAACGUCCUGCUGCUCAACCUGCUCAUUGCCAUGUUCAGCUACACCUUCCAGGUGGUGCAGGGCAACGCGGACAUCUUCUGGAAGUUCCAGAGGUACAACCUGAUCGUCGAGUACCACAGCCGCCCGGCACUGGCCCCGCCCUUCAUCAUCAUCAGCCACCUCUCUCAGCUCCUCCUCAGCCUGAUCAAAAAGCCCGCCUCCAAGCACGAGCAUCUUGAGAGGGAGCUGCCUGAGGGUCUAGACCAGCGUCUGAUAACGUGGGAGACGGUGCAGAAGGAGAACUACCUGGCCAAGCUGGAGCACCAGCAUUGGGAAAGCAGCGAGGAGAGACUCAAGAGCACUUCCUCAAAGGUUCAGAGCUUGCUGAAGAUUGUCGGUGGGUUCAAGGACCAAGAGAAGCGACUGGUAUCCAUGGAUGCUCAGGUCAGAUAUUGUGGAGAGGUGUUGUCCUGGAUGGCAGAGUGCUUCGCUCAAAGCACACUCAAGUGCGGGAAAGACGCCCCCAGAGCUCCAAUGUCCCUGAGCGGCACCAAGGAGCCUCCUGAGAGUCAACCAGAGAGAAAAGUCCAACCGGAAGAGGAGGAGGCCAGACCGGGCCACUCGGGAUAUGGAGCUAACAAAAAGUUCCCGUACAUUGAUGAGUAAAAGAGAUAAUGGCAACUAUAGCACAUAGUCAGCUAUUUAGGAAAUACUAUGAACCCUUUUUUUAUACUUUGAGGUGGGAAAGAGGGCUUAUAAUUAUAAAAUAAUGAAUAAUAAAAUAAUUCAAAAUGUAUUGUCUGUAUUACAUUUAACAAAUUAAAUAAGUUACCG